UGAUAACAGUAAACUCAAAAAUGCCUUUGAGUGAAGAAUCGCCAGUUUACGGUCCAUUUUUUGGGGUGAUGGGUUCUGUGAGCGCAAUAGUCUUCAGUUCCCUUGGUGCAGCGUACGGAACGGCCAAAUCCGGCGUUGGAAUCGCUGCAAUGUCCGUGAUGAGACCAGAAUUAAUCAUGAAGUCGAUAAUACCUGUGGUUAUGGCCGGUAUCAUCGCCAUAUACGGCCUCGUGAUUGCAGUUCUUAUAGCGGGGAAGAUCAAAGCACCUGAAUCGUACUCGCUGUACCAGGGGUUCAUACAUUUGGGGGCUGGGUUGUCCGUGGGGCUAUCUGGGCUAGCUGCGGGGUUCGCGAUUGGUAUUGCUGGUGAUGCAGGGGUCAGAGGCACAGCCCAGCAGCCCAGGCUAUUUGUUGGUAUGAUACUCAUACUGAUCUUCGCUGAAGUCUUGGGUCUAUAUGGUCUCAUAGUCGGCAUCUAUCUCUACACCAGGGAAUCUUAGAUUGCAUUAUUGUAUUAUUAUUGUUACUUUACUUAGUGAAAGGUUUAAUAA